AUGAAAAAUAGAAUUGAUUUAGAUGUUGAAAACCCAAAAGUUUCAGAAGGCUUCAGAUAUAUUCAUAAUACAAACUUAACUAAAAAAAAAAUUCAAGAACAAAAAGUUAAUAGUAGUGAGAUAACUAACAAAGUAUUAACAACAGAAAAAAAUGAAGAAAAAAAAUAUGAAAAUAAAGAUAAUUAUAAGAAAAUAAAAUUACAUGAUGAACAUUUAGAAUCAUUGAAUAUUACUGAUAAAGAAGACUUCGACGAUAAUAAAAUAUAUGAUAAGAAAGAUGGAAGGAAUCAAAUAAAAAACUAUAAAACACCUUAUGGUAAUAAAGAAUCAGAAAUAGAAAAAAACCAAGAAAAGAAAAAUAACUUAUAUAAUAAUUAUAUAUCUAAAGAAAAAUGUCAUGAAAAUAUAGAAAAAAUAAAUGAUAAAAUAAAUGAACUACUGAAAAAAGUAUUUCAAGCACAUAAUGAAUCAAAUAAAAAGCAAUAUUUUUCGAAAUUAUUUCAAAUGAGAGAUAUAAAUUGUAUAUUUAGCUAUAUGUUUUUUUCACUUCUAAUAAUAUUUUUUCUUAUGAAUGAGUACAUUGGGUUUUUAUUAUCAUUAUUGUUAUUAAUAAUGUCAAUACAAUUAAAGUUUAGUCGAUCAUAUAUGACUUUACUAAAUUCUAUUGUAGGUGUGAUUAUCAUUUCUAUUGUCACAAUUUUUUUUAUUUUUAAUAUUGAAAGUAAAAAUACAAAUGUUCAAAUGCCAAAAAAUAAUGAGUUAAAUGAGAGUUCGAAUAGAGAAUUAUUAAUUCUAGAAGCAAUCAUAUGCUUUAUUUAUGCAUUUAUUUUAUUUUCAUAUAUGUUUAUCAUAAAAUCAAUAAAAAAAUAUAAAGCACAACACUUAUGGAUAUACCAUAAUAUAGUUAAUUUUUUUAAUUUGUUUGAUAUAUGUAUACUUUUCUGCUUUGGUUUAUUGGGAUUUUUUUUUAUAUUUAGCUGUUAUGGGGAAACUUUAUUUAUUAUUAUGUCUGUAAUUUUAUUUUUUAGUAGCCUUUUUACAUAUUAUAUUCGUAAAUAUAGCAACGUUACAAUAAUUAUUCUUCAAACAAUUUUAUUAAUAAUAAAUUCUAUUAUAGCAUCUGCUUCUUUAUCCAAGAGUAUUUCAUGGAAUUUAUCAGAAGAUGAUAAAUCACAAGGAUUAUAUAAAAUUUAUUUAUUUUACAUGGUUUUCCUCAUAUUUUUUUUUGUUGUUCAUUUGUUAUAUGUAUAUUAUGUAUUUUUUUCAUAUGAAAACUCCCUUUCUAAAUGGUUUUCUGAAAGAAAGGUAUAUUAUUCAAAUGUACAUCCUUAUAUUAAUAAAGAUGAAAAAGAAAAUAAUGUUUAUUUUAAGUAUGAUAAAUAUAUUUUAAGCUUAGAUGACCACAACAAAAUAUUAGACGUUCAAAAAACAGACAGUAGAGAAAUAAAUAUAGACUUUAAAAAAUACAUAUACAGUGACUUACAUUUAUAUAAACAUAUUUUACUAAAAACAGCAAUUGAUAUAAAGUAUUCACCAAAUAAAUAUGACGAAAAUGAAUCAUUAAAGAAAGGAAAAAAUUACAACAAAAAUAUGUAUUUAAGUGAAGAAAAAAACAAAACAAAAAAUUCAAAAAGAUACAAUAAUAUGUCACAGAAAAAUAUUCAUUAUUCAAAUGAUUUCAUAUUAGAUAUAAAUGAAUCAUUAUCGGAUAUUUCGGAAAUAUAUGAUGAUAUUAAUAAUACAAAGAAUAAAAAUAAUUAUGAGCAAAAAAAUAUAAAUAAAGGCUUAGAUUUUUUAUUAAAAAAGAUAUCCACUAUACAUGAUGAAAAAAGUAAAAAUAAAUUUAAAGUAGAUUAUUUUAAAAAUAGGACUUUUUAUUUUACGAAUUGUAAAAAUACAAAUUAUUGCACUUCUUCCAUAUUUUAUAGCAAAUAUACAUAUAUAAUACAGGUUUUAUUAGACAUAUAUGAUGAAUUAAUAUUUUACUUAUGCAAAAAAAAUAUUUUUACUAAUUUAAUUGAAUCAAAAAAAUUAGAACAUGAAAACUUAAAUAAUCAAAUUGUUCUAUAUGAAGAUUUGAAAGAAGAACAUACACAUAAAAAUUUAUGUUUGACAAAGUCUAAUAAAAUUUCAACAUAUAGUGUAGAAUUGGGAAAUUCACAAAGUUUUAAUGAAAUAUGUUCAUUGGAUAAAGAAAAAUCGGAGUCAAAUAUGAUAAAAGAUAUUGAUAUUUCAUUAGAAGAAAAUGAUUCAAAUAAUAUAAAGGAGAAUUAUAAAUCUGAAUUGGACGAAUUAUCGAUUAAAGACGAGGAUCCUGAUGAAUUAAAACAAAGAAAUGAAUCCUUAAAUUUUAAUGAUUGCACAAAUAUUUCUAAUUCUUUUAGAAAGUCGAAUGACUCUUACUCUUUUUAUUUAUUAAAUUCAAAUCUACAAAACCAUAAUUCUUUAAUUAGUAAUUAUAAUAAUGAUUAUAUUAAAAUACCUAUAUAUUCUUCCUCAAAAUUAUCUUUUGAUGAAAAUACAAAUAAAGAAGAAAAUUGCUUCUGGUAUUAUUAUCCUGGCAUAAUUGCAAGAGUAUACAAAGAAUGGCUAAAAUGCAAAAAUUUAGAUUAUAAGAAAUUUAAUAAUGAUUUUUAUUUCCUCUUUUCAAAUUCUAAUAAUUUAAAUGAAUUUUUGAAAAGUAAUAUUAGUAAUAUAGAAAAGGAUGAUGAAAUAAAAUUAUUUGAUAUUAGUCAAGUUUUAAGUAGUAAUAAAAAUAUAAUAAAUAAAAUUAACAAUUCAUGUUCUUCAAAGCGUCCAAGUUUCUUAAGUGAAGAUUUACAUAGUAAUUCUUUAAAUGGAAUUAUAAGUAAUUUUUUAACCGAUAGGAAUGCAAAUUUUGAUGCUUUACGUUUUCUCAACUCUAAAACAUUACAAUCUUUUUUUGAAGAUAAUAAUAUAAAACAAUUUUUAUCAUCUUUAUACAAUAAUAAAAAAGAGUUGAUGGAUGAAGAGAAAUCAUCUAAAGAAAUUAAAAAUUUAACUUUAGGAUUAGAUAAAAAAAUAUUACAGAAUGAAGUUGAUCAUGAUUCUAAAUCAAGAGACACCAUAAAUAUAGGUUAUUUAAGUGAGUCUAAUGACGAAAAUACAGAUAGAAUUACACAAAAAGAUGAUAAUCAAAAGAAAAAUUAUAAAGUAUUGAGUAAUAGGAAUAACUCAAAAAAUAUAGAUGAAGGAAAUGUUGAUUCUAAUAUUGAAAAAAUAAUGAAAUGUAAUAAUAUGCAAAAUAAUGAAAAAGAUAAAAAUGAUGAAAAUGCUAAUUUAAAUGAUUUAUUAAAUUAUGCAGAAACUUUGAUUAUGGAAAACAAAAAAAAUGAUACAAAUAAAAAAAAUUUAAUAAAUAAUUCUAUAGAUAGUUUAUCAUAUAUUGCUGAAUUAGAUGCUAAAAAUAUGAAUAGUUUUGAUGAAAUUUUAAGUAAUUUUAUAAAAAAUUUACAAAUAGAAAAGGAUAACAUGGAUUCUGAAGAAAAUAAAAACGAUUAUAAAGAAAAGGAUUCUUUGAAAACUAAGGAUGAAAGUCAUUCAAACAUAAAUAAAAAUUUAUAUGAAGAGAAUCAAUUAAAUCUUCUAACUAGAAAUGAAGACACUCUAAAUAAUCAAAUUAACAUACCAAGUAAUAUGAAGAUAAUAGAAAUUAAUAAAGAAGUAGAAGAUUUUAUAAAAAGAAAAGAUAUAAAAAAAGAAAAAUAUAUAGAAGAAUUAAAUUUUAAAGAACUAAAAGAAAACAAUAUAGAUUCAAAUAAUAAAUUAGGAAAAACAGAUGAAGAAAAAGUAGUAGAGAAACAUGCAAGUGUAUAUGGAGAAAAAGGAAUAAAAGAUGAAAAAAAUGAAUUAAGUGAAACAUAUAAACAUCAAAUAAAUAAAGAAUUUAUGGAUAAAGUUGAUGUGUUAAGCAAAAUAUCUGAAAAUAGCAGUGAACAUUUAGAGAAAAAAAACUGCAGAUAUUCAAAUGAAUUAUCGUUUGAUUCCCUUAAUAAAUAUAUUAAUAAUGACUUAAAAAAUGAAAAAAAUAAAAUAAAAAGAGAGUUAUUAAUUAAUAUUAAUUCAUCUUGUUCAUCUAAUAUUGAUGGAAAUAAUAAAAGAAAUAUGCUAGGAAGUAGUAUCAUACACAAUAAAGAUAAUAAAUAUGAAAAAGAAGAUAUAAAAUCAAUUCAAAAAAAUAUAUUAGAAUUUUCAAAUAAUGGAAAAAUUAAUAAUUUAGUUAAAAGGAAUAUUUCUAAUAAUAAUUUUGAAAAUUUUAGUAGUUAUUAUAUUACCGAGAGGGAUUCUUCAAAUAUGAAUGAAGAGUUAAUUUUGUUAAAUGUAAAUAACACCUUAAAUAAAGAAAAUACAAAAAAUAAAUACUGUCAUAUAAAAAAAAUUGAAGAUAAUAGUAUUAAUAAAGAAAAAUGUGAAAAGAAUUUUAAUUUAAGUAAUAUAUCAGGAAUUAAUUUAAAAAAAAAUAUGGGAGAUAAUAACAAUAAUGAUUUAGAUAUAGAGAACAAAUUGGAAGAAAAUGAAAAAAUAAAUACACAAGAUAUUAAAAGUAAAGUAUAUAAUGAUGAAGUCAAAGAAAAAAUAUUUAUGAGUCAACAAAACCAAAUAAAUUACAAUUUGAUAAAUGAUUCAAUAGUAUUUUCGAAGAGAAACAUAUCUAAUACAAAAAAAUUAAUAGAUAAAGAAGAAGAGUCUAAUAUAACAAGAGAGUUAAGUUUAGAAAUGAUUGAUAAUUUUAAAAAGAAAUUACAUGAUAAAAGCAUGAAAAGACUUAAUAAUAAAGGAAAUGUACAUCUAAAUGAAAAGAAAAUAAAAAAGAAAAAAGAAAAUGGUACUGAAGAAAAACAAGAAGAAAAUUUUCAUCGUGAAGAAGAAAAUAAAAAUAAAAACUGUAAAUCGGAAAAUUCUAGUAUUUAUAGUAAUAAAAAUAAUUCAAGAAAUGAAACUUCUGUUGAAAAAUAUUAUAUACAUAGCAAUGAUAUAAAUUACAGUUCCAAUAAUGAAUUAUCGUAUUUUAAUGAUGAAAAGAAUAAAAAUGAUAAUUAUGAUGAUGACGAUUAUGAAAAUGAUUUCGGUUAUAAUUCUGAAUACAUAAAACUAAUUGAAGAAAAAAGUAAUUAUGCUAAUAAUUUUUCAGACAGUCUUAUAAAUAAUAGUUGUAACCCUGAAAGUUUUGAUAUGAUCGAAAAUUUGAAAAAAUAUUUAUCAUCAAAAUUAAAUAAAAAAGAAUUUGAAAAUAACAAUUUUAGUAAUAUUUCAUUAUUGGAAUAUAUCAAUAAAUACUUGGAGAAUAAUAAAGGAUACAGUAUAAAUAUAUUUAAUGAAUUAAUAUUUGAUGCAAAUAAAAAAAAGGAUGAAAACUUAAGCAAUUUACCUAUAAAUAUUUGUAAAACAAAAGAAAAUAAAGAAGAAAGUAAUGAAAAACUAAAUAAUAAAAGCUAUAUAGACAAAGUAAGAGAAAAAAUCACAGAAUAUUAUGACAUUUCUGGUGAAAACAAGCAUUUAAAAUAUGAUGAUAAAAACUUAAAUAUUCAUUUAUCUUCUAAUUCUUAUGAAGAACCAAUAAUAAAUUUCCUUAAUACAUAUAUAUUUGAAAAUAAUAACAGAUUAAUGAAAAAUGCUAUUUUGAAAACAAAACAUAGUGACAAAUUAAAACUUAAAGGUGUUAAUUCAAAUGGAGAAUUAAAUGUAUUAUCUGAGUAUUCAUAUAAUAAAAAUGAAAAUAAAAAGAAUAAUAUCAAUAAUAAUAGUAAUAAAGAAGAAAAAAAUCAAGAUCAAGAAAACAAUAUCUUAAAAGGAACUUUCUUAAAAAAAAAAAGUGAUAUAAAAAAUUCUUAUGGAAAAACAACUGAUAAACAGUUUCCUUAUGGUAAUUUUAAUAAUAGUAGUUAUGAUAAAUUAGUUAAUAAAAAUGAACAAAGUAACAUUGACUACAAUGAAUAUGAAGAAGGAAUAAAAGAAAAUAAAUAUAAUUACGAACAUACAAAUGGUUCGUCUAAGAAAAAUACAGAAGUCUAUUUAAAAGAGAAAAUUUAUAAUUUUGAAGAUAAUAAAAAUAAAAUUAAUGAUGAAGAUAUUGAUUGUAAAGAGGAUAAUAAAAAAAACAAUAAUGAAAGAAUUUGCGAAAAUUACUAUUGCAUUAAUGGUUUUGAAAGUUUAAAUAAAAACGAAACAUGUAUAAAAUAUUUUUGUGAAUUAAAAAAUAAAUUCAAAGAUAGUAAAGAUUAUCCAGAAGAAAAAAUUAUUAAAAAAGCGGAUUUAAAAUUAAUUAUUAAUAAUGAUAGUUCAUACGAAAGUUUUAAACGAAAUGAAAAUUAUAUAAAUAAGGAGGAUAACAAAUAUAUAAAUGAUAAGAAUUUAUUACAUAAUGAAAAACAAAAUAAUAUUUGCACUUCUAAUAAAAAUAUAUUUAAUAAUAUAUAUGGGUUUCAAAAUAGUAAAUCAGAAUCAAGCUCUUCUACUGACAAUAAUUUAACUGGACUAUUGAUAGGUAGUGACAUAUUUUAUGAAUCUUUUGUUUAUAAAAGCUUAGGAGAUAUUGAAAAUUUAAAAAGAAGAAUAAAUGAAUUUAAAAAAAAGGAAUCAAAAAAUAAGGAAAACAAAGAAUUAAAUGAACAUAAAUCUUUCCUAAUCGAAGAUAUAGUUGAAGAUCAUUUGCAAGUUAGAAAAAAUACGAAUGAAGAAGAGUUAACACACAACAAAGGUUUGGUAUCCAUUGAUUUUAAGGAUAAUAAUGAUAAAAUAAAUAAUAAUAAUAAUAAUUACAAUAAUGAAGAAGAAAUGAACCAUAAGAAAGAAAAAUAUGAUGGAUGUAACUCAAUAACAAAAAGUGGGGAACCAGUAAAAAUGUUGUAUUCUAAUUAUUCUAUAGAUUCCCAAAAAAAGAAUAUUAAUAAUGAAAUAAAAAAUAAAUAUGAUUUUUCCCAAAAAAAAAAUUUGAAUAAUUCAUAUAUAAUAAAAGAUAUAAAUAAUGAAAAAAACAAUGAAAAAAUAAAAAGUGAAAAUCAUAUUUAUGAUGAGAAAAAUCAUAUAAAAUAUAAUAGUUUAAACAAAGAGACAAGUGAUAAAAAAAGUGAAGUAAGCAAUGAUGAAAAUCAAUUAAAAGAUAAUAGCAUGGAUAAUGAAUUUUAUAAAAAUUAUAAGUUUCAUAAAUAUAGCAAUAAAGAAAAUCAUACUAAUAGUGAUUAUUGUAGCGAAAAAAGUGAUUUACAAAAUGAAAAUGAUAACAAAGAAAAUUUUAAAAUAUCAGUUAAUGGAGAAAUUUUAAACAUUAGUUCGAAUAAAACUAAUGUUUAUGAUAGUAACAAUAAUAAUAACAAUAAUAUUAAUAAUAGUAGUAAUAAUGGUAACACAAAUAUUAACAGUAAUUAUAAAAAAAAAAGUGUUUUUAAUAACAAUUUUAAUAAAGAGGAAAAUAAUACUGAUGAUUUUAAUAACAUUAAUAUAUCUGAGGAAAAUGAUAAUUCAAAUGAAAAAAUAUUAACAUAUUAUCAAACAGAAGAAAAUGUUGUAAAAUGUAAGGAAUGUAAUGAAGAUAAAAAUAAUAAUGAAUUUAAAAAAUAUAAAGAUACAGGAAAAGAAAUAAUUUAUGACACACCUAUUCCUUCUUCUAAUGCUAAUGAGUAUUUAAUUCAUAAAAAUGUAUAUAAUGAAAAAUCAAGUAAUGAUAUUAGGGAUAUUUCAAGUAAUUCUAUAUUUGUUGAUAAUAAUUCAUCUUUUAUCAAUAAGAAUUCUAGUGAUUCUGAAAAAAGUUUGUUAAAUGUCUUUUUGAAAGGUAGUAACAUAUCUAAAUUAUCUAAUAACUUAAAAACAGAGGAAUUAAAAAUCGCUUAUAAAGAUGCUUACAACAAUUUAUAUGAACAAUAUCAGCAAAAAACAGAAAGUAAUAAUAAUUCAGAAGAGUGCAAUAUGAAGCAUAACAAUAAUAAAUCAAAAAAAAAACAUAUAUUCCUUCAGAAAGAAAUAAAAACAAAAAACAAAAUGAAAAAAAGAAACAAAUCAAUGAGUAACACAAGAAUAACACUUACAACUACAACAGUAGAUAACCUGGAAGAUUCAGAUUAUAUAGGAAAUAGUUUAAACAUAAAAAGUUUUAAAACAUCAAAUUUUUUAAAAAAAAAUCGUUAUGACCAACUAAAUGAGAAAAAAGAAAAAGACGAAGAAAAAAAAAAAAAAAAUAGAUAUCAUGACAAAAAAGAUCAAAUAUUUUAUAAUUCAGAAUAUAUUCAACAUUUUAAUACAAUUCUUAACACCUAUUCAUGGUCUCCUGAUAAGUUAUAUAUAAAAAAGAAUAAUUUUCUUUUAAAAAAAAGUAAUACUUAUUUAGAUGUUGCAAGCACUGAAGAUAGUGGUGCAUCAGAUAUGAGUAACUUUGUAAAAGAUGCUUUGGAUGAAAAUUCCAUCUCAAAUAAAUCAUCUAACAAUUACAGAAAUUUAAAAAGGAACAAAAAGAAAUGGAAAUCAGAAAAUAACUUAGAAUAUUUUUUAAAAGCACAAAAAAGAAAUAAAUAUAUAAAAAAAUUCAGAAGUACUGAUAUUCUAAAAAAUCAAGAAAAAGAAACAAAAGAGUCUUUUGUUGAAUUAAUACAAGAAGGUCAUAUUUUUCCAAGUAUCAAAAUAAAAAAUAAGAAAACUUUUAGUUUUCUUGAUGGUAAUAAAAGUUCAUUUACAGAAAAUGAAAAUGUUUUCAAACAAAAUAAACAAAAAUUAGAAAUAAAUGAUUAUGAAAAUUAUUCAAAUAUGUACGAACAUAUCUUAAAUAGUAGUGUAAAUACCUAUUUAUGUAAAGAAAGUAACAGUGAAAAAGGACCUUCAAAUGCAUCAAAUAGAAGUAUAAAUGCAAAUGAUAAGAAUAUUUUAAUUAAAAAUAUAUAUGAUGAAUACAACCAGGAGUAUACAAGAGAAAAAGAUUGUGAAAUUAAUGGAGCAAUUAAUGAAAGUAAUGAAGAAUCUUCUAUGAAUAAUAAAAAUAUCAAUCUUAAAAUAUCUAAAAGAUUAAGUAAUUACCUUCUAAAUAGAAACAAUAAUAAUAAAGAUAAAAAUAUUAAAUUAAAUGAUUACAUUUAUAGUAAUGAUCUUUUUAGAAAUGAAAUAUAUAAAGAUAAUAAUUGCUUAUCUUUUCCUAGCAUUAAUCAAUCUGCAAAAUCUAAUGACGAAAUUAUCGCUAAUCCCUGCCUAACUAAUUUCUCUAAAAGUUCUAAAGAAAUUAAUAUACUAAGUACAAGUGAAAAAAACGAUAUAUAUGAUAUAAAAAAAAAUAGUAAAUUUCAUUCCGAAAUGAUUGGUAGUAAUAAAAUUAUUGAUUCUAAUUAUGAAUUAAAAAAUUACCUAACAAAUAAUCAAGACCGAUAUAAUAGUUCUUCUAUCAUUUCUAUUAAUGAAGGACAUUUUUUAAACAAAGAAAAAUCUAAUAAUAACUUUCCUAAAUAUGAUGCUAUUUAUAUAAAUUCUAAUUUUUCUUUCGAAUCAAAGUAUAAUGAAAAAAUAUCAAAAAAACACAAAACAAGUAAAAAAGUUGAAACAGAAACACUAACUGAAAAUAAUGUGAAGAAAAUCGCAGAAAAUUCAACUCAUAAUAAAGAAAUUAAAACUUUUAAUAGCAAAAAGUUUAAUGAAAACAAAAAUAUAACAAAUGAUAAAAAAAAUACAUUAACUGAUAAUAAAAAUGGACGCAAUAAUUUAAAAUGUGGUAUAGACAAUGAUAAAAAAAAAAAAAUUGUUGAAGAGUUAAAAAAAAAAUUUCUAAGAGAAAAUAAAUUAAGUGAAAAUGAGGAAAAAAAUUUAACAAAAAAAAAUAGUGAAGAAAAACCUAACGAAAUAGAUAGAAAAAAAAAAAUUCCAAGAAAAAAGAUAAACAUUGAUCAAAAAAAACUUACAGAUGCUAUUCAAAAUUUUAAAAAUUAUAAAAAAAUGAAUGAAAUAAAUAACAAAAAAAAUAAAGUAAAUAUAAAAAAAAAAAAUAUGGAUAAACUAUAUAAUAAUACUUCUAUUAAAUUUCCUUAUUCAUUAGAUAAUUUCUGCAAUGUUAUUAAUAGUGAUGAGGAAAUAAAUAAUAACGUAUUCAUUAAUAAAAGUAAAUAA